AGCGCAGAGGGGGCGGGGCCUGGCCAGGGUGACCCGGCGGGUUGGUGUGGGGGAAGCGAGCUGCGUAGGAGUGCGGCGCGGUCAUGCAGGUCGCCGCGUGCUGCAGGCUCACCCCGGCGCUGCGGGGGCCGCGCGCACCGUCGGCGGUGGCCGGGAGAUAUCUGCUGGCGCCUGGGGUCAGGUCCUUCGCUGACCGGAGCGACAAGGCGGAGGAGCCCCGCACCUUCCACCCCGCGCUGCUGCAGUUCCUCGUGUGUCCGCUCUCCAAGAAGCCGCUUAGAUAUGAAGCAUCGACAAAUGAAUUGAUUAAUGAAGAGUUGGGAAUCGCAUAUCCAAUCAUUGAUGGGAUCCCUAACAUGAUACCACAGGCAGCAAGGACAAUACGUCAAAAUAAGAAGCAAGAAGAAGCGGAGCAACAUUAGACGAUGAUUGUUAAAAGUGUGAUUACUGAGUUCUCGUAAUACUGUAUACCUUUAAAACAAAGAAGGGCAGCCAGGGAAGAACAGUGGUUCACUUCUGCCUGCUUGACUCUCUUCCACUGCUCUCCUUAGCAGGCCUUUUCUGAUCUGCUUUCUGGAGGAGAAUUUCCCGCAGGGCUGCACCAGCAGAGCCGGGCUUUGCUUUUAUAGUCUGCUCUUGCCAACUGCCAUGCCAGUAUGUGUGUGUUCUUCCACCUGCGGACCUAGAUGGGUCUAAAACAUAAUACAUGCAACCAGAGUCAGGAUGAUGUAUGCGUUAGUAAGAGGUCUAAGGCAGCAUCUGUGGAAACUACAUGUAAACCAGUUUACAUGUCUACAUGUUUACAAAAAGACUUGUCUUGCUUCUGUCAGGCUAAGUCCAUGAGACAGGCUGAGGAAGCUUUUCAUGCAUGUACUGUCCUCAGUGUUUUGGAUUCACACUUAUAACUGCUGUAUCAGAAUUUCAGCAAAAUAUCUCAGUGUAGAUUGACAACUGAAGUCAUUGACUGAGGCCUGCUUCUCAUCCCAUUCAUUUAAAGAUUAGUCAUUCGGAAUGUUUGUUUAUUUCAAGGUCAGUGGUAAGCUUAAGUACUUAGAAAAUUCUGAGUGUGUAAGAUUACCUCCAUUACUUUGACAUCACAUGCUUACAUCAAUAAUAAAAUGUUGACAGUUUACCACAAAACUCAGUUUGCUGGGGUGGGAGAGUGUCUGUCUGCAUGAAUGUUUUUGUCUCAAGAGUCGGAUCGUAAGAGAAAAUGUUGAAAUAUCUUAUGUAAUUACAUUUUAUUUUUGGAGGCACUUAAUAUUCAAAGUAGUUGAAUUUCUCAGAGAAGCGAGAUACCUCCAGUAGGUAAGGUAAUGAAUGGGAAGCCAGUUAUGUCCGUUUAAGUUUAGAGAUACCUUUCGAGGUACACUCAGUUCUUUCUGUCCUGGGAAAUUUGGUAAGCCCUAAAGGCUUGAGCUUUGGUUCUCUAGAAUUGGAACAGAAUUGAGGCAAGCAAGGCAGAAUCUGCUUUAGAAGCAUAGAAUGCUUCUAUCCUUACCUUAGGGAAACUUAAGAAUUGCUUAUAAAUGUAAUUUGUUGCACACACCCCAGCCCAGGGCCUUGUGCAUGCUAGGCAAGUAUGCAGCCACAGAAAUAGUCCACGCCUAACUUAUGAAUCUACCUUCUGUUUAUGUGGGGUAGGGACAUAACAUGGGGGUAGUCAUGGGACAGCUUUGUGGAGUUGAUUGUCUCCUUGCACCAUGUGGAUGCUGGGGCUUCAACUCAGGUAGUCAAGCUUGGAGGAUACUUUUAUCUGAAUCAUUUCACUGGCCCUGGAAUAGAUUCUUUCAAACCAGCAUCCUAAAGUAGUUUGAUAAAAGAUUUACAAUGAUUCUUCCUGUCAAGAGAAAAUUACAACCUGUCAUACAUGUUUCCUAUUGUAUUGUCAAUAUAGUAAAGUCACAUUUUUUUUUGGUUUGGGUUUUGUUGGUGGUGCUGAUUUUGUUUUUUGAGACAGGGUUUCUCUGUAU